GAAUCACAGUUCGCUGCGCAAAGUGGCAGGUCCAUGCACAGCUCCAUACUGAUGAAACAAAAACUAACAGUACCCUCCCCGUGAUCUUCGGAAGAGCGAUAAUUCUAUAGUACGCCGACACUGUAAACUGUAUACACCGACAUCUUCUAGUCCGCUGAUUGUCGUGUGAAAAUUUGCUUCGUUCAGAACACCUUUCCGCCAGCUAGGUGCGGAGAUACGACAACGCUAUCGCAUUGCUUUCAGUAGGUGUACAAUAGUCAGGGCCAGUAGACUCAGAUUCAAAGUGCAAACUGUUCAAGUUUGUGAAUUUUGAUGUUUUGUGGUUCAAUUUUUAGCACACGUUGCUCACUAAGUAGCUUCCCUCUGCGGCCUUGGUAAGAAUUACAUUCCAGCAUCCUGUGUCGCUGCAUCUACCCAACCGUGCGUGUGAGUGCUGCACUUGCAAUCGACGGCAAUUCUGAUUUAACUACAAGCGGAGUUGAGACGCAUGUAGUACAGCUGCGAACAUAAGAUCAUGUCCAACGAUACCCCUGUAUGGAACGAAAAGGCCGCUUGCAGCUUAACGUGGAGAUCGUAGCGCGUGAGGCACAGGCACCGCACUUGCAUUUCUAAUGACCGCCUUUGUUUCAUUUGCCUCUGUGGCUGCGAAGCUAUUUUCUCAACAGAGUGAGACUCAGAAAGAGAAAAGAUAAAGAUCAAAUUAAUGCAGUGAAGAUCUCUCUCUCUGAAACAAGAACGAUAGCGAAGCGAAAGCGGUGCAGCUACGAUUUCCCGGCAGUGCGAAUGCAAGCGGCCCUUUGUGCUCUUCCAUAGCAGACAACCGGAGAAGAUCCACAAGACCCGGACCAGCAAUCUUCCCACAGCAAUAGUACGAGUGUGCAGAGCCUGCGGGACCUCCAACACCAGAAAUGGCUGCAGAAGAAAGAAGCGGCCGCGGCCGAAAAAGCCAAAGCAGCACCCCCGCCCGCGGCGGCGCACCAGCCGCUGACCGGGAAUUCGAGUGCCUCCUCUUCCUCCUCCAGCAGCGCGCGACCAGCGUCAGCACAAGAGGCGGACCACUCGAUGCGGAGUCCGAUAUGACGGAUAAGUUUGUAAUGCACCCACAGCCCCACAGAGUACAAACUUGAUCCACUCCAAUAGUCCAAAGAUCUAGAUAGCCUAAGGACAUGAAGACGUAGGAAGAUCCUUAGUGAUGUAAACAGCGUGAAGAACUAGAGGAAGACACUGAGACAAGAUGACGAACAUAUACACACCCAGGGCCCUUGAGCUAGGUUAGACAUAGACAUUCAGCAUUGCAGUACUAGUAGUCAUGGCGCUGUAGAUGCGCAUAGUUGUUCUACCAUUGUAGUUUGUAGUGCGUACUCCGUGGGAAGUUUGCGUGCCUAUGCAGAUUUUCCCUUUACAUCCGAAGCUCGGGGCGCGUUCCCCGGUGCGGCCGUUGCGGGAACUAAGCAAUCCGAACGCUGAGUUUCUGAGAAAGGUCCACAUCUUGCCCCUGGGGCAAAGCCAGAGCGCGCCGAACGACAUGCUGCAGUUUUUGAAGCCCGCACUGAGCAACUUCCGGAAAACAAAACGCGUCCUCUACACCGGGAUGGUGUUUGAGCACAAUAGUCGCGACUUCAUUGUCGUGAAAACAGAUCUAUCAACUGUAAAAAUGUCGGGGUCUGGAAGAUUCCGGGAUUUGUGAUGCAUAAUUUGUAUGAUCCAUGAUGCAUGUAAUGCAUGAUCUAGCAUCACAGAUUUUUAGAGGGCUUCCUGAUGCCUAUUCCGCAUGAGAAAUGCCCUCUCCGCGUAACACAAACUGGGCUCCUGUUGCGGGUCACGCAAUACAGAUUUUUUUGGAAUCCAAAGACAGCAUGACAAGUUGAAAUCUUCCAGGGUUCCAAAGACAGCAUGACAAGUUGAAAUCUUCCAGACCCAGACAUUUUGCAAUUCAUAAGAUCCAGAGGGCGGCAAGGACCCAGGGAUACUUGGGCCCGACACCGAGUACUACUUUACAGGGCCCGCAGUGGCGCGGUUCAAGCGCAUUCAGUUUUCCGCACUGACCAAUGUUCUGAGGCGCGUAAGUGGAUCCGACCAGCUCGAAGAAGAUGAAGAGCUGAGCGGCUACAGCACGGAGAGGCUAUUUCAAGAGAUGAUCGCGCCUUACUUUCAAUCGCAUUCCGAUAACGAGAAAACCGGCGGCGUCUUCAAACUCCUCAACGUCAACGAGAGUAUAACGAUCAACGGCGUCCAGUUUGUCGUGAUGGCAACCGACCCGGAGGCUUGCUACGGUACUAAGUCCUAUACGCUUAGUUGUAAAGUUUGCCGAUCGCGGGCGCUUGAGGGGUGUGCGCUGACAGGAAGCGACAUCUCUUUGCGGACGUGAAGGACCGCGAACGCGGGAAUCGCGUUGGCAAGGACGAGUAGCACAUCAAUUGUUCAGGCAGUGUCACACGACCUAGGAGUGAGUAUACAUCGUAUUGACCACUGCAUCAUAUCCGUGAACGAAAUCCAAAUCUGACACACAGGCAUCGUCGAUAAGGAUACACUUAUUUUUGUGGACAAGGAUGAAACGCCGGAGUACCGUCGGAUACACAUCGUGCCUUUCCAAGACACGCUACCCCGGAGCUACCAGUAUUGCCUUCUUCUCUUUUUGGUCACGUGCAGUUCGUUGUUGAAACUAUUUGCCUGUAGUUUCGCCCAGUUCUUGAUUUGUUUUUGCGGUGUCAAAACCCAGCAAAAAAAAGUAAGUAAGUAAAAAACUCGGCGCAGGUACGACGUCUUCAACGACUAUUUGAAGCCGUACUGCAAAGCGCACGCGAACCAGCGGUAUCGGGUAAAUGACGUUUUCACCUACAAUGCGGUGCAAUUUAAGGUGGUCUGCUGCGACCCGGAGGAGCUUGGUAUCAUGUCUUCGCGUAGAUGAUUCAGAUUCUUCAGAAUUUCUUGUUGUCGCUAAUUUUGUUGAACAAGGCACUGCUAUCGACAUUGGUGAGAUCGCAGAAAGACACUUCCGGCAAAAAUGCUCUAUUUUCCAACACUGCACAGGCGGCACAAACACUACUCCGGGCAGCGGGGCGCGCAUCGGGCGAAAUACCACUGUGUAUUGCGAAGGAGUGCUGCACCCACAGCUUCGUGAUCUGCUUCCGCCAGAACUCGUUACGCAACUCGCCUAUCUACCGCCCGGUCUACAGAUGCUGCUGCUCUCGACGGACGCAGUCGGUGGGAAUCAGGAGCUCUUCGAGAGGCUGAUGGAAGUCCAGGAUAUGUUGCAACAAAGACGAGGUAUGAUAGAUGAUGAAGAAGCGGAGAUGCAUUUUCUUUAUUUCAUGUCGUUGCUUUGGGGCGCGAAGUUUUCGAUCCACCUUUCUAAGUGAGCAUAGAUACCAGUACAAGGUGGAAAUUUAGAUCAUGUGUACCACAACAAAGCAGGAUCCUUUAUGGCAUUUUUCAAUUUUUUUGUUCCAGGUAUGUCCGAGGAAACGAUAGCAAACGUGGAGAAAGUAACAAUCGACAAGAAAAAGAUUGAGGAGGAAGAGGGCCAGCUGACCUGUAUGGUGUGUCUGUGCGAUUUUGAUGACGGCGAAGAAGCGAGGAUGCUGCCGUGCAAGCACACUUUCCAUGCAGGUAUGAUCUCCUACACUUGAAGAUAAAGAUUAAGAUUCGUUUGUUUUAAUUCCUACGCGAGGUCUAUUACCGUUGGCGAUGUCUUUGUGCUUUUGCAGAUAAGCCGAUGAAUAAUGUCGGACCCUGCCACCAGAUGAACUCAGCGCCAAAAAUUUUGAUUUCAGAUUGCAUCGACGAGUGGUUGAGGCGAAGCUGCGAGUGCCCGAUAUGCAAGCAUAACGUCGACCGGACCAUCCGCCAAUACUAGCGCUGCAAAAAUACAGUGCGAAGAAGAAUGCCGUGGCCGCGGGGUUUCUCAUAGUCAGCGACUUUCUUGUAAGUGAUUUUCCUGAAGAGUGCUUGCGGAGUGCGCGUUUCAACGGUUAGUUGUACGCACGACUCUUCAACAAGAGGGACAGCAUUUUGGAGAAACACACACUUCAUGUUAGUUUCGAAAACCGCUACUAGUGGUCUUUUUUGCCUACCGUGUGGGGAGACCUAGGAAGAAGGUAUCUGAUAUUCGAAAACAUUAACAUUUAGAAUACAACACUUCGGAGCUGCUUUAGAUGCGUAGCAAGAGGACAAGGCACGACUGCGACCUUUGGUGUCGCUGCCGCCACUACUGCGCUUGCGACAUAUUUUACUCAGCAACCAAUUUUUUUUGAAGUGUGAGGUUGGCUCACAAUGAGCAGACGCGACAUGAAAGACACGAGAAGCGGGGACGUGUAAAAAGCGACAUUCACAUUGUAUAGUUGGACAAACAGCGUGUCAACCGUGAGCUCAGUCCUCGACAGCCCUCCAAUAACCUGUGUUCAAGGUCGUGGGUACGG